AGACUAUAAUCCAGACCUUUUUUAUCCUAAAAUAAAACCUUUUUUUACCGUGCAUAUGAUGUUCAUCAAGAACGUCUUGUUGUGACCUGUAAUCUGCGUCCAGUCUAAUUGGAGGCUGUCACAUGACGCCUCUGGGAGGAAGAUGUGGCAGUUCCGGGAAACACGAUUGGUUGCUGCAUGGAGAGAGAGGGGGAGCGAGAGAGAGAGAGAGAGCGCACCCACACAAACACAAAAUGAAAUAAACAUCGUCACCCUUCUCCCUCAGGGGUUCCGGGCAAAAACAAUGAACGAGGACAACAAACUAAAAUAAGACAAAAGAAAUCAAAACUGAGCAGCAGCCUUUCAGCUCGCUGUUCAUAGCUGGGCUGCUGUUCAGCGGACCAGCUCCUCCAACUUCUCAGCUGCAGGUUUUUACUUUCUUGGUCUUGCUGUGCUCGGACAAAACAAACAAAAUGAAAUGAAACGAAACUCAAAACUCGCUCUCUCGGUGUGUGCUCCCGGUCUCGGCCCCGAACUGUGGAGGGUAGCACACCUUUCAGCACCUGGGCUGAUUGGCUAACGCAGCCCAGGUGCGCGUGCUCUCUCCACCAGCCGGCCCAGCCGAGACCGGUCCGCCUCUCCGGCCAACCGAACGCCACGGAGGCACGUCCGAAACGAUAAAGGUACCCGUCUCUCCUGGUCUCCAGGGAAACAAGCUGAAGGAGACGCUGCUGCCGUCGCUGAACCUCCUGACGGAGAGCGCCCGGAUCCACAGGGAGACGCGCAAGUUCCUCAGGACGAAGGUCCUGCCCCCGCUGCGUGAUGUGAAGAACAGGCCGGAGGUUGGGAACGCCCUGCGGAACAAGCUGGUGCGUCUGAUGACCCACAUCGACACCGACGUCAAGCACUGCGCCGCAGAGUUCCUGUUUGUGCUGUGCAAGGAGAGUGUGUCGCGCUUCAUCAAGUACACGGGCUACGGGAACGCGGCGGGGCUCCUGGCGGCUCGCGGGCUCAUGAGAGGAGGUCGCGACCCCGGCCUGUACUCCGAGGACGACGACAGCGACACGGAGGAGUACAGGGAGGCCAAACACCAAGGGACUCGUCUGUCCUUCUGUCCGUCUGUCCCGCUCAGCAUCAACCCUGUGACGGGCCGCGUGGAGGACGAGCAGCCCAACCCCAUGGAGGGCAUGACCGAGGAGCAGAAGGAGUACGAGGCCAUGAAGCUGGUCAACAUGUUCGACAAGCUCUCCAGGGAUCAUGUGAUCCAGCCGAUGAAGCUGGGGGCUGAUGGGAAAAUGACCUCGCUGGAGCCGGGCGACUUUGAGCGGCUGGUGCAGCAGGAGCAGAACAGAGAGCCCGACAGCGAGGAGGAGAUCCAGUGAGGUGCAUGCUGGGAGUGGCGUCCGACGCGGCGCUGGGACGCAUCGACCGGAGGGCGUGACGGAAGAACGGAGAGAGAGAGAGAGAGAGAGACCACCGCAAAAAAAAAAAAAAAAAUACCGUCCGCAUCGGCUACGCUGACUGGACUGAACCGGACUGAACCGGACUGAACCGGACUCUGGGUCUGUGUAAAUCAGCCGGACACUCGUGAACAGACUUCACUCAAACUCAAGACUUAACGCACCGGAAGAAAACCCAGAUUACUCUGUUUUGUGCCGACAUCCCCGCGUCUCCCCGUGAACGUACCGUAAAUCUCGGCGUCACCACCAAAAGCCGGACGCCCAGAGAAAUGCCGCUUUUGUGCAUUUUUACCGUGCAAAUGUCAUCCUCAUAUUGUGUUCUGUGACAGGUGGAGACUGUGUUUCGAAUCCCAUAGUACCAACCCCUCUCCCCUGUUCACCGGUCUCUGAGAUGCAGUAGCGCUUUUACUCCGCACACGCACCCCGACGUAGUUUCACGGUCCUCCGUUAAAGCAGUGAAAGCUUGAGCUAGCUUCUCCUUUCCUCUCCUGAGUCCGGCCUAUCCCUGGGCUCUGGUCUGUGGUCUGUCAGUCACGGGCUUCUGCUUCUGCAUGCUCAAGAACACCCAGAAUUUCAGUUUCACACAGCUAGAUUUUGUACUUUUUUGAUGAAGUUCAACACUUAUUGGCAAGUAUCCCCCCCUCAUUUUAUCUGGCUUAUUGAACUGUAUAACCCAUAUGUUACUUCUUGAUUUUAUUUUGUUUAAAGUAAAUUCAGUGUAUUAUAGUUACCUUUGAUAUACACAGAACACAGUGUGCUGUUUUGGUUGGACUGUCGUGGAGCAGACAGAAUCAAUGGUUGUAACCCCCCCCCGCCCCCCCACUGUACGAGAUCUCGGGGCGAAUCCCCUUCUGAGCUGAUGACUCUGCUCUCAGACUUGACCCCGCCCGUCAGGAGUAUGACAGACAGCUCCCACAGUGAGCAGAGACCGCGCUGUGCUAUUUAUACCCACAGACACUGCAUCACAUAGCAAGGAGAGCAAGGAUUUAAAAAAAAAAAACAA